GGUGAGCUCGUGGGGCUCUAGGGCUCAGGUCGUCCUCAUCCUCACGUGUCUUCCUCUGCAGCUGUCGCGGUCGCCUUCGCGAUGCUUCCUUUGCUGCGCUGCGUGCCCCGAGCGUUGGGCUCCGCCGCCGCGGGUCUCCGCGCCGCCGCGCCCUCCGCCCCCCUCCGGCCGCUGCUGCAGCUCGCGCCCCGGCCCUGCAUCCGACCCUUCGGGCUCCUCAGCGUGCGCGCGGGGUCGGAGCGGCGGCCCAGCCUCCUGCGGCCUCGCGGGCCCUGCGCCUGCGGCUGCGGCUGCGGCGGGCUGCACACCGAAGGGGACAAAGCUUUUGUUGAAUUCCUGAGUGAUGAAAUUAAGGAGGAAAAGAAGAUACAGAAGCAUAAGACCCUCCCUAAGAUGUCUGGAGGUUGGGAUCUGGAAGUGAAUGGGACAGAAGCCAAGUUGUCCCGGAAUAUUGCUGGUGAGAAGAUCACAGUCACUUUCAACAUUAACAAUAGCAUCCCACCAACAUUUGACGGGGAGGAGGAGUCCCAGGGGCAGAAGGUUGAAGAGCAGGAGCCUGAACUGACAUCCACUCCCAACUUCGUGGUUGAAGUUAUAAAGGGCGGUGGCAAGAAGGCCCUCGUGCUGGACUGUCACUAUCCAGAAGAUGAGGUUGGACAAGAAGAAGAGGGCGAGAGUGACAUUUUCUCCAUCAGGGAAGUGAGCUUUCAGUCCACUGGUGAAUCUGAAUGGAAGGACACAAACUACACACUCAACACAGAUUCCCUGGACUGGGCCUUAUAUGACCACCUCAUGGAUUUCCUUGCGGACCGAGGGGUAGACAACACUUUUGCAGAUGAGCUGGUGGAGCUCAGCACAGCCCUGGAGCACCAGGAGUACAUUACUUUUCUGGAGGACCUCAAAGGUUUUGUGAAGAGCCAGUAGGACAGACAAGACACUGAAUACCUGGAAUUUAUGGCAGGCUUUGCCAGUGAACAAAACCUACUCUGAAGCCAAACAUGUACUUUAAAAUGGUUUUCACCCUAAUAUCAUGGAAAAUAAUUCAGAUUUAAAUUAUUUGUUGCCCUCUUAUUUACUAUUCAUUUGUUUCUUUACAAGUCUAUUAUUUCUAGAUUUUUGUAUAACAAUGAUGGACAAUAAAAAAUUGAUUUAUCUCUAA